CAACAAGCAACAGCAGCAGCUGCAUCUGGCCUUCCCCUGAUAUUCCAGCGCUAUGUGCUGCAGCAAACACGACUGCGGCUUCACCAGCAGCAACAGCAACGGCAGCAACAACAAGGAGCAGCAGCGAGAAAUGCAACCGCAUCGCGGCAGCCUUUAGUCGCUGGAAAAAGCGCGUUCAGCAGCAGCAGCUCUAGCAGCAGCAGCGGCUCGAGCUUUCUGACAGCAAGAGAAAACACAAUUCUCGAUCUAGGACCAACAAACUUUGUCGCUGUGGUUUUUAUGGAGGGAAGAGGCUUCAGUGUGGCGGGAGCUGACAUAAAUCCUAUGGCUGUGGAUGUUUUUUCGGGAGCGUUUCCCGCAAGUGCCGAUGGCGAGCCGACAGCAGAGUCUGCUGCUGCUGCCACUGCUGCUUUUGCGACACGCAUGGGCGCUCUCACUGUCAAGAUUGAGAGGAAUUUUGCCUCCGGCAGGUGUCUUUUGUGGAAUACUUUGGGAGACUACCGUCCUGCCCGCGCAACGUUGCGAUGGGAAAACACCGAGGCAGACACUUCCUAG